UUUUUUCUCUCUACCUAUACCUUCCACCUCUCUCUCCCAUAAUUAAAUUAAGCUUUAAAGGUAACCCAAUAUCACUCUCCUCCCUCCUCUUCAUUUCCCUAUAUAAUGAGCCUUGGUGGUCUAUACCAACCUACACAAAAAGUCCAUGUUGUUGAUGGUGCCGGAGCUAGUCAUCUUUCAUAUCUAGCCGGUUUCCACUCACUCUUAAUACUCUUAUUCCUCUCCUUCCAUAUCAAAUUUGCAGAGCUCUUAUUGGCUUUUGGCAUCAACUUUCCUUAAGGCAAACAUAGAUAUAUUUAUACAGAGCAAGAUGAGUAGGAGGAACGGACCAAAGCUGGAAUUGAAGCUGAACCUUUCACCACCAAGGCCAAACCCAAGGGUGGAAUCACCAAGCCGUUCAGCCACAGUGUCACCAACAUCCCCACCAAGCUCAUGUGUGUCAUCAGAGAUGAACCAAGAUGAUAGUUCUCUGAGAUACUCGACCAGUCCUGAGGCCACGUCUAUGGUGCUAGUUGGGUGUCCACGAUGCCUCAUGUAUGUUAUGCUCUCGGAGGAUGAUCCUAAGUGCCCCAAGUGCAAGAGCACCGUCUUGCUUGACUUUCUUCAUGACACAAACACCACCAGCCCCAACAUCAAGACAAGGAAAAGCUAAACAAAACAAAAACAACAAAAAAGAGAGUAGGCCUUUUCUAAUUCUGCUAUUACUAGGACUUUUUUUUUUUUUCCUUUUAGGAGCAGCGCUAUUUGCGCUCCAUUUUUAGCUCCAAUCCACAAUGUUACGUGGAAUUUUAUUAGUGUGCGGAGAAAGUGAAACAAUUAAAAAAAAUUGGAGCGCGAAUAGCACUGCCUUUCGGGGUUUUUUUUUGUUAAUUUUUUUGUUCUUUGCUAAUCAUAGAAAAUAGGACAUGAGCAAUCUGGGCACUUAGGGUCAUAGUAGGGGCAUGGAUUGGUUGUGUCUGUUUCUCUCUGGGUUCAGUUUUCUUCUCUCUUUAGCAGAAGCCUAUGUAAACGGGUUUAACUGUUAACUACCCAAAAUUUUCCUUAUCAAUAUAUUGGGUAAUAUUUUGCCUUCA